UUAUUUUAAUUUUUAUUGUUAUUAUGUGCUUGUGUCUCUUUUUUCAGGAGCACUUUGUAAACAACAGACCAUGUCAAACAACGAAAUUGAUACAACCAUCAAAAGGUUGGCUUAGGCCAUGAUGCCAGGUUGUAUGUUGAGUUUAAAUUAAAUACUUUUGAAAGAUUGGGCGGGCCGUAUUCAAACACUUGGCGGGCCGGAUGUGGCCCCCGGGCCGUAGUUUGCCCACCCCUGAUCUAGAGAAACCCUGUGGAACAAAUCAAGUGUUGCGUUAACAUGAGCCUGGAGCGCCCUCUGGUGGAUCCACUGUGUGGUGCAGCACGAGGUGAUCCCAGCCCACCGUAGUGAGCUUAUUGGAGCCACCAUGAAGCCAGCACACGCCCUUGACAAAGUCCUGGUGGCGCCCAUCUCGAAAUCUAUAAAAAAAAAAACAGGAAGAAUAUUUACUUACCAGCAUCACAAAAACGAUGGUGUUUUGUUUUGACUCACAUUUCCUGUAGGUCCGAGUUCAAAACGGCGAGGGAACAAUCCUCGCUGAUGGAGGCCAGCAAGGGAGCGCUGCAGUGACAAGAACAAGUAGAAAUGUAGACAAGAAGCAGAUAUGAGGUCACCGUAAGAGUUACCCGUGCGUGGAAAAGGCCAGCGCGGUAACUCCUCGCCGGUGCACGCUCUCCACACGAGGCGGCUCCGUCGACAGGAAAUCCUCCACGGUCACUUUGCCCAGCUCGUCACCUUGAAGUACAAGGAAUGUGGUUUUCCAGUGUGGAAUAAAAAAUGCGACUGAUGUAUGGGGGUUUUUACCGAAAGCAAUGGUGCUUCUGUGGUGGGGGUGCCAGGAUGCUGUGGUGGGCACGCUGCCGGGAGCCUCUACAUGGACACGGACGGAAAAUACAUCAACAUUUAAGCAACUCAUAAUGGUGGACGGAUUCUGUGGACGUUGCUCACCUAGUCUGGUAGCUGGUUUAUUGGGCUUGCGCACGUCCCACAUUAGUACUCGACCAUCCUGAGAGGUAACACAAGACUCCAUGAAGACCAUGCCAGGAGAUCCGUUUGUUACUCAAGUGGAUAUCCGAAUCCUACCUGACCGCAGGACAUGAAGAGCGAUUCCUCUGUAGGACUGCAGGCCACACACGUUACCGCUUGGGUGUGCGCUAUGGGAUGACACGAGAAGUGCAUUUAGACAACCACAAAAUAUAAAAAAUAAAAUAAAUAAUAAUAAUUUUCAGUAAUUGGUGGUGUAAAAUUAAUAAAUUCCCUCAUUGCGAUUUUUGGAGCAGGCAAUGUUCAGGGCAGACUCUAGUCGUGUUUGUACCAGGCAACUUGCGGGGCAGCUAAGGGGUCCUCUGUGAGACCACAGCCUAGCCAUCGGAAGGCUUGUUCUCAUUUCCAUACAUGUCUGUCUGCCUUCAUGACAAAAGCCGAGGAGCAGAAUUGGAUCCUUACCGCUGUAUGUGGUGACAACCGUCUCUUGGCUGAGAUCCCACACUUUGAUUCUGCAACAGAAGCAGAGAAGAAGUCAGAGGACGCACUUCAAACUGUCAGGUAGUCCGGUCUCACCUGCAGUCCAUGCUCCCGGUGACGACGCUGUUGGCCGCCGCCGUGGGGCUCACCGUGCUGACGAUAUGAUCAUGCUCGUGCUUGGUGAAGCGGUUCACCAGGAGGCGCUCGUCCUCCGACAGCUCCCACAGCUCCAAGGCGCCUGAGGAACCACCACAGGGCUGCAUCAUGGCCUUAAAAAGGAGAAGAGCGACAUCCCCCUCCAGCAGCGUGAGUGGAGGAGAUUUUGACGACAGCCAGGCUUCAUCGCUGGUGUCGUCCAGCGGCAGAAAGAGGAGAAGGACCUCAAACAUCCCGACCGUGGACCCUAUCGCCGUGUGCCACGAACUGUACAACACAGUCAGAGACUACAAGGACGACCAAGGGAGGAUGCUGUGUGAGCUCUUCAUCAGGGCCCCCAAACGGAGGAACCAGCCAGACUAUUACCACGUGGUGUCUCAGCCUAUCGACAUGAUGAAGAUCCAGCAGAAAUUAAAGAUGGAGGAAUACGACGACGUGGAGCAACUCACCAGCGACUUUCAGCUCUUAUUCAACAACGCCAGGACGUACUACAAGUCAGACAGUCCUGAGUUCCGGGCGGCCUGCAAGCUGUGGGACCUUUACCAGCGGACCAAGAAUGAAUUUGUUCAGCCGGGGGAGGAUGACGAGGAUGAUGAAGAUGGCUACGAUGCACAAGACAACCCUGGCGGAUCUACGGAGGAUGAGAGCACGCCGCCCUGCUUGAGGGACGUCCUGGAGCAGCUCCUUGACGCCGUGGUGACGUAUGCCGAGCCCUCGGGCCGCCUGGUCAGCGAGCUCUUCCAGAGGCUGCCCUCGAAGGCGCAAUAUCCGGAUUAUUAUGCAAUCAUCAAGGAACCCAUCGAUCUCAAACUCAUUGCCCAAAAGAUUCAGUUGGGCCACUACAGGAGCGUUACCGCCAUGGCUAAAGACGUAGAGUUACUGGUGAAAAAUGCCAAAACGUACAACGAGCCUGGAUCGCAGGUGUUUAAGGAUGCAAACACCAUAAAAAGGGUUUUUGCACAAAAGAAGACAGACCUCGAGCACGGUGAACCCAUCAAGUCCAGCAUUCGCAUCAGGAAUCGAAGGUGUGCUCAGGGCGAGCGCCUCUCCGCCAUCAGCAUGGCUCUUCAGUAUGAAAGCGACGAGGAUGGAAUACUAUCUGGGUCUGUUCACUACGACGAGAACGAGUCCGAGGCGGAGAGCUUGAACUCCAACAUGGACAUGAGUAACCCCAUCUUCCAGCUCUAUGAAGCCGUGCGAGGUGCCAGGAACAGCCAGGGCCUCCUGAUCGCCGAGCCUUUCCUGGAGCUGCCCCCCAGGAGGGACUGCCCCGACUACUACAAUCAGAUCCCUCAGCCCAUGUGCCUUCAUCAGAUCAAGAACAAGAUGAAGAACAACGAGUACGAGAGCGUGGAGCACAUGGACUCGGAUCUGGCGCUGGUGUUGGAGAACGCCAAACGUUCUAAUGUUCCUCACUCGUCCGUCUACAAGCGAGCCCUGAAACUGCAGCACAUCCAGCAGAUGAAGCGGAAGGAGCUUUUCCAGCGAGACGAUGACGACGGGGACAGCAUGCUCUCCUCCGCCACCUCGGACACCAGCAGCACCAAGAGAAAAAGUCACAAGAAGAAUACGAAGAAAAAUCGAAUGAAAGCCCUGGUGGCUGCCGUGACCGAAGCGCGGGAGUCGGUCACCGGCAGGCGACUGUGCGACCUCUUCAUGGUCAAGCCCUCCAAGAAGGACUACCCCGAUUACUACAAGGUCAUCCUGGAGCCCAUGGACUUGAGGACCAUCGAGCACAACAUCCGCUCUGACAAGUACCAGACGGAGGACGCCUUGGUGGAGGACAUGAAGCUGAUGUUCCGCAACGCUCGACACUACAAUGAGGAGGGCUCGCAGGUCUUCAAUGAUGCUGACGUGCUUGAGAAAAUAAUGAAGGACAGACGCAGGGACCUGGGACCAGUGACGGAUGAGGACGACACGGUGUCCUCCAAGAUGAAAAUAAGGAAGACAAACAUCAGUCUGAAGAAGUCUAAAUAUCUGACACCCUUGCAGCAGAAGCUGAACGAGCUGUACGAGUCCGUCAAGAACUACACAGACAAACGCGGCCGCCGCCUCAGCACCAUCUUCCUGCGGCUUCCGUCCCGCGCCGAGCUGCCGGAUUACUACAUCGCCAUCAAGAAGCCCGUGGACAUGGAGAAGAUCAAGAGCCACAUGUUGGCUAAUAAGUACCAGGAUGUGGACGCGCUGGUGGAGGACCUGGUGCUCAUGUUCAACAACGCCUGCACCUACAACGAGCCCGAGUCUCUCAUCUACCGGGACGCUCUCAUGCUGCACCGGGUGCUGUUGGAGACCAGGCACGCCCUGGAAGGGGGCGAGGACGCCUACGUGCCGGACGUGCCCCGCCUCAUCCAGGAGCUUCUCCGCAGCCUCUUUGUCUCCGUGCUCGGUCACCAGGACGAUGAGGGACGUUGCUACAGCGAUUCUCUUGCCGAGAUUCCCGCCGCCGACGGCGCCGACCCCGAGAAGACCGCGCUCACCUUUGAGGUCAUUCGUAGGAAUGUGGACAGAGGAUGCUACAUGAGGCUGGAUGUCUUUCAGGACCACAUGUUUGAAGUUCUGGAGCAAGCCAGACAUCUAAACAGGACGGACUCUGAGAUCUUUGAAGAUGCGGUCGAGCUGCAGCAGUUCUUCAUCAGGAUCCGGGACGAGCUGUGCAAGAACGGAGAGAUUUUGAUGUCGCCUGCUCUGAGCUACACCUCCAAACAUCUGCACAACGACGUGGAGAAGGAGAAGAAAGAAAAGCUCCCCAAAGAGGUCGAGGAGGACAAAAUCAAGAGGGAGGAGGAGAAGAUGGAAGCGGAGAGCAGGGAGGAAUCCGUCGGAGGAUCGUGGCAGUCGAGCUCGCAGCGCACGUACAGCCAAGACUGCAGCUUCGAGGACAGCAUGUACUGCGUCGGAGACUACGUCUACGUGGAGCCCGCCGAGCCCACGCUCCAGCCUCACAUCAUCUACAUCGAACGCCUGUGGCAAGACACCACCGGUGACAAGUGGCUCUACGGUUGCUGGUUCUACCGCCCCAAUGAGACCUUUCACGUGGCUACGCGCAAGUUCCUGGAGAAGGAAGUGUUUAAGAGCGACUAUUAUAACAAAGCCCCCCUCAGCAAGAUUUUAGGCAAAUGUGUGGUCAUGUUUGUGAAGGAAUACUUCAAACUGUCCCCUGAAGGCUUCAAGGCGGAGGAUGUCUACGUCUGUGAGUCUCGCUACUCCGCCAAGUCCAAGUCCUUCAAAAAGAUCAAGCUGUGGACCAUGCCCUUGAACUCGGUUCGCUUUGUGCCAAGAGAAGUGCCUCUGCCUGUCGUUCGCGUGGCGUCCAUGUUUGCCCUGAAACAAGAAGAGAAAGCUACGGAAAUUACAGAUGAAACCAAAGUGACAGAAUGUAGCAUCAUCGAUAAGGAGAGGGAAGAUGUGCCACUGGAGAUGACCAAUGGGGAAGCAGGAUGCCAAUACUACGAGCAGCUCUGCUACAACAACCUGUGGCUGAAAGUGGGAGACUUCGUCUACAUCGGCUCUCACGGACUCGUGCGCCACCGAGUGGGCAGGAUUGAGAAGAUGUGGAUGCGAGACGAUGCCGGAUACUUUUUCGGUCCGAUCUUCAUCCACCCAGAGGAGACGGAGCAUGAGCCCACCAAAAUGUUCUACAAGAAGGAGGUUUUCCUCAGCAACCUUGAGGAGGCGUGUCCCAUGACCUGCAUCAUAGGGAAGUGUGUGGUGUCGUCCUUCAAAGACUACCUGUCUUGUCGGCCGACUGAAGUACCUGAAGAGAAUGUUCUGCUAUGUGAGAGUCGCUACAUCGAAAGCGAGAAGCAAAUGAAGCGAUUUAAAGGCCUCAAGCGCUUUUCAUCCUCGGGAAAAGUGGUGGAGGAUGAAAUCUACUAUUUUAGAAAGCUCAUCGCUCCUCAGAAGGAGCCAUCGCCGCUGCUGGACAGGAAAAUUGAGGAACUGGAAGCAAAGUUUGCCGACAUGACCGACGAAGAGCUGGAGGAGCUCGGCGACGACGACAGCGAGCUGGAUCAUUCGCUCCCUCGCAUGCAUCCCUCCAUGUGCGGCGAAAUGGACUUAAUGAGCUACACGCCGCCACAGUCAACACCCAAGUCUCUAAAGGGUCUUUCCAAGAAGGAGGGCUCCAAGCGGAAGAUCAACAUGAGCGGAUACAUCCUGUUCAGCAGCGAGAUGCGCGCCGUCAUUAAAGCCCAGCACCCCGACUUCUCCUUCGGCGAGCUGAGUCGCCUGGUGGGGACAGAGUGGAGGAACCUGGAAGGUUCCAGGAAAGCAGAGUAUGAAGAGCGAGCAGCUAAGGUGGCGGAGCAGCAGGAGCGCGACAGGACUCACUAUCAGACGUCACCGAGAGCAGGCAUCAACGCGAUAGGAGGUGGAACCAUGGGUUUGGUGGGUCCCGGGCAGCAGGCUCCCCCUCCAUACCCAGGACAAAGCCAGGCGGGCCAGGCCUCGCUCCAGCAGCCCUCCUCUCCGUUGUUUGUGUCCCCGCCAGCGAAGUCCCAGAGGCUCCUCCACUCUGAGGCGUACCUCAGCUACAUCGAGGGCCUCACUGCCGACUCCUCGACUGUCAGCAAGUGGGACCAAACACUCUCGGCUCAAAAACAAGACGUGCGCUUGACAAAAGAGCAGGAAAGCAGACUACCAUCCCACUGGCUGAAGAGCAAGGGAGCCCACAAAACCAUGGCCGACGCACUUUGGCGCUUGCGCGACCUGAUGCUCCGAGACACGCUGAACAUUCGUUACACACACAACCUGUAGCAUGCUCGUACGUCGGAACCCGAGCCUCUGAUCCCGCACCUGUGAGACGGGUGCGGGGUUACGCUCGCUAAAAGUGUCCACUUUUUGUUGUUGCCAUCAUCAUUCUCGUGUCGGCGUUGGCAGGUGGAAGGUUUCAUUUCACAUCUGCUGUUCCAAGUGCAAUACUGUUAUGUCUGUCAUGGACGUACAACCGAGUAUUAGGGCCACGCUGAAAAACCAUAAUCAUCUCAGAUUUCGAGAAAAAGUCAUAAAUUUAAAUAAAAAAAGUCGUACAUUUACGAUAAAGUCGUGAUAUUGCCUUUGCCAAAGGCCAAAGGUCACAUAAGGCCCCCUUUUCAUAGCUCUGUCAGGCAAUGCCUGUUACGAUGCGAUAUUAAAAUACUCAGAUUUCAAGAAUAAGUCAUAAAUUGAAAUUAAAAAAAGUCGUACAUUUACGAUAAAGUGGUGAUAUUGCCUUUACCAAAGGCCAAAGGUCACAUAAGGCCCCCUUUUCAUAGCUAUGUCAGGCAAUGCCUGUUACGAUGCGAUAUUAAAAUACUCAGAUUUCAACAAUAAGUCGUAAAUGGAAAUAAAAAAAGUCGUAAAUUUACGAUAAAGUCGUGAUAUUGCCUUUGCCAAAGGUCACAUAAGGCCCCCUUUUCAUAGCUCUGUCAGGCAAUGCCUGUUACGAUGCGAUAUUAAAAUACUCAGAUUUCAAGAAUAAGUCGUAAAAUUGAAAUAAAAAAAAGUCGUAAAUUUACGAUAAAUUCUUGAUAUUGCCUUUGCCAAAAGCCAAAGGUCACAUAAGGCCCCCUUUUCAUAGCUCUGUCAGGCAAUGCCUGUUACGUUGCAAUAUUAAAAUACUCAGAUUUCAAGAAUAAGUCGUAAAUUGAAAUAAAAAAAGUCGUAAAUUUACGAUAAAGUCGUGAUAUUGCCUUUGCCAAAGGCCAAAGGUCACAUAAGGCCCCCUUUUCAUAGCUGUGUCAGGCAAUGCCUGUUACGAUGCAAUAUUAAAAUACUCAGAUUUCAACAAUAAGUCGUAAAUGGAAAUAAAAAAAGUCGUAAAUUUACGAUAAAGUCGUGAUAUUGCCUUUGCCAAAGGUCACAUAAGGCCCCCUUUUCAUAGCUCUGUCAGGCAAUGCCUGUUACGAUGUGAUAUUAAAAUACUCAGAUUUCAACAAUAAGUCGUAAAUUGACAUAAAAAAAGUCGUAAAUUUACGAUAAAUUCGUGAUAUUGCCUUUGCCAAAGGCCAAAGGUCACAUAAGGCCCCUUUUCAUAGCUCUGUCAGGCAAUGCCUGUUACGAUGCGAUAUUAAAAUACUCAGAUUUCAAGAAUAAGUCGUAAAUCGAAAUUAAAAAAAGUCGUAAAUUUACGAUAAAUUCGUGAUCUUGCCUUUGCCAAAGGCCAAAGGUCACAUAAGGCCCCCUUUUCAUAGCUCUGUCAGGCAAUGCCUGUUACGAUGCAAUAUUAAAAUACUCAGAUUUCAACAAUAAGUCGUAAAUGGAAAUAAAAAAAGUCGUAAAUUUACGAUAAAGUCGUGAUAUUGCCUUUGCCAAAGGUCACAUAAGGCCCCCUUUUCAUAGCUCUGUCAGGCAAUGCCUGUUAGGUUGCGAUAUUAAAAUACUCAGAUUUCAACAAUAAGUCGUAAAUUGAAAUUAAAAAAAGUCGUAAAUUUACGAUAAAUUCGUGAUCUUGCCUUUGCCAAAGGCCAAAAGUCACAUAAGGCCCCCUUUUCAUAGCUCUGUCAGGCAAUGCCUGUUAGGUUGCGAUAUUAAAAUACUCAGAUUUCAACAAUAAGUCGUAAAUUGAAAUUAAAAAAAGUCGUAAAUUUACGAUAAAUUCGUGAUCUUGCCUUUGCCAAAGGCCAAAAGUCACAUAAGGCCCCCUUUUCAUAGCUCUGUCAGGCAAUGCCUGUUACGUUGCGAUAUUAAAAUACUCAGAUUUCGAGAAUAAGUCGUAAAGUGAAACAAAGUCGUAAAUUUACGAUCAAGUCGCGAUAGACAGACAUAGACAUAGACUUUCUUUAUUGUCAUUGCACAAUAACACAGCAGUGAAAUUGCCAACGAAAUGUCGUUGCCUGGCUCCCGUAUAAUAAUAAAUAAUAAAUAAUAAUGUGGAGAAUAAAUAGAUGACAUCAAAUAUGAACAAUGUACAACGUAAACAGUAAUUUGUACAAAUAAUUUAAAUAAUUUAGAAUAAACAAUAAUAAUUUGAGAUAUUGAUAUAGGCCAAGGCAAAGGUCACAUAAGGCCCCUCUUUUCAUAGCUGUCUUAGGCAAUGCCCGUUAUGACGGAGGAUUAAAAUAAUCUCUGAUUUCAGGAAAAUUUCGGGAGUCGUAAAUUAAUAUGGAAAACUUUUACAUUUAUGAGAAUAACAUCGUACAUUUACAAGAAAACCAUACUAACUUUUUGUUACAGGCAUUGCCUGAGACAGCUAUGAAAAGGGGGGGGAGGGACUUUAGUGACCUUUGGCAUGUGCAGGAAGUGAGGAAGGCAAAACUGAGUAGGGCUAGCUAGACAUGCUAAUCUGUUUUGCUGCCACGUUAUAAAAGCUAUGCUCUAUUGUCCCUCGGAUGACACGUAUUAUUCUAAGAUUACCACUUUCUUCUUCAAAAUGUACAUCUUUAUUCCCGAAAUCUGCGAUUCUUAUUAUUUUUAAUACUCUGCGGUACGGAUGCCUUCAUGAUGUCACAAUUGACAAGUUUUCAGUUUGUCUGUUUUCCUUUCAUGUUUACAUUUGAAGUGUAUUAAAAAAGAAUGUUGCCAGGAAAGAA